AUGACAUUCUACGAGCGGGCCGUCCUGGGAUCCAGCAUGACAGACCGUGAUCUGAGCGAUUUCGAGUACACGACAGACACGCUGAUCUUUCCCGAAGAUGGUACGGAGCCUUUCAUGUGUCUUGGAGGAGGAACCGACAUGCCCGUGUCUCAAAUUGAGAUUGAAGAGGACCUCAUGGUAGUCAACGAGUCGUCGAUCGAUACAGGCCGUACCAAUGUCACCAGCGAUGGACUGCUCGAGGAGGACGGGGGAACCUCUUUUCCCAAUUCGACUGGCGCAGCUUGGAACAUAAGUGCAACGGACGUUCGGCGGCACUCAGCAAUGUGGGGUAAGGCUUCUGCCAAUCGAGCUGCCUUUAUUCACUCCCUGAUUAAGUUCAUAAACACUAACGGGUUCCAGGGCGCUGACAUUGAUUGGGAGUAUUCAAGCGAGCUCAAACGAGGCGGCCGCAUUGAGGACGCUGAAAACGUCGUUCGAGGAGCUGGAUGGUUGUGA